AUGGAAACUGGGGAAGGAGAAGCUAGUCACGUCGUCGAAGUCGAUAUUGACGAGCGCGAUAUUGACAAGCGCCUCCUAGCCAAGAUGAAAAGCGAGAUCUCCAAGAGUAAUCCAUCUAAUUCACCUCGCAAAACAGACACCGGUGGAAAGCGUUGCAUCUACAAGUCUUCUGAUGGGUUCAAGCACAUAGACCGUAAGUGGCUCGAGCCCCAGGUGGUCGCCAUCGGGCCCUACCACCGCGACAAGCCUCAGGUCCAAAUGAUGGAGGUGAUCAAGAAGCAGUGCCUCGGCUACUUUAUCAAGAAUAAAGAGGUAGAUUACUUGUUGAAUUGCUUGAAAACAAUACGUUCACUUGAAAUUGAAAAGGAUCUCAGGGAGUGUUAUUCCGAAACCGAGAAACUCGGUAAUAGCGAUGACUUCGUUCAAAUGAUGGUUUAUGAUGGUUGUUUUAUAUUAGACUUGCUUCUCUUUCUCAAUCAUAAGAAAGAGAUGCAUUUCAACUUUGAUAAAGAGGAAGCAAAGUCCGACCAUCCUCUCUACCAGCCAGAGAGCCAAGAGAGGGUAAAUGUUUCGAAGUUCUACACAGACUUGCUCCUGCUUGAGAAUCAGAUCCCUUUUAUUGUUCUGGAAAAGUUAUAUGAACUUUGCAAGCCAGGUGAUGUGUCCUUGUUCGCUAUUGUCAGAAAAGUUCUCGGGAGAUCAUUGUAUCCAAUAAUCCAUAGAAACAGGCCUCCGACCGAAUGGUUGCAUUUGCUGGACCUUGUUCGGUCACUAUUUAUCCCACCCGGUCAUAAUGAGAAGCCGUGGAUGCGCUUCUUCUUUUCUGAGAAGCAGUACUGGAGGCAGUUCAAACUAUUCAGUCCAAUUCCCUCUCCCUGUGUCACCAAGUUACGCCGUGUGGGCAUUAAGAUCAAGGGAGAUAUGGCGGACAGCUUCUUGGAGGUGAAAUUCAAGAGAGGUGUGAUUGAAAUGCCCGUUAUAGCUCUUGACCACGAAAUGUGCUCAUUCUUAGUGAACUGCGUGGCAUUCGAGCAGUGCCACAGAUGUUCCACGCACUUCUCGAUUUACGCUACCUUCUUGGAUGGCCUUGUCAACACCGACAAGGACAUCGAGUACCUUUGUGACCGUCGCAUCAUUGCGAAUUCCUUUGGCACCGACAACGACGCUGCGGUUUUCAUCAACAACUUGGGCAAGGACUUGACUAUAUAUAGAGAUUAUAAAAUCGAUAACGACUAUUUGUUGGAUUUUUUCGAAGAUGUAAACGACUACUUUGAUAGAAAAAGGUUGCAUUGGGCCAAAUGGCAGUGGACGAGCUUCAAGCGAGAGUAUUUUGGCAAGCCAUGGUUGUUGAUUUCGGCAUUUGUUGCGUUUGUGCUAUUAGUUCUUACAUAUUUGCAGACCCACUUCACCAUUUAUGCAUAUCAGCAUCCAAAAAACUAA